UUACUUUACCUUCCUACAACUAUAAUAUCUCAACCAACCAACCCUAUCCCUCUAUAUCUUUCUUAGAAGAAAUAAAAUAGCAGAAUUUGGUUACAACAAAUUUCCUUAUCAUCAUCACUUUCUGCAAAACAAUUACUACUUCCAACCAAGUCUUUAGAAAAAAAAUGACAGAAGAGCAACCAAAAAAGUUGGAAUCUGAAUCAGCAGCAGCUGCAUCUACUUCAACUGAGACUACUACUUCUACUACACCCCCUCCUCAACCUCAACCUGACCCAGUUGUUCAUCAUGAAACUCCAAAGGAAAAUGUUGCUGAGGAGAAAUCUGUAAUUCCACAACCCCUCCCCCCCCUAGACCACAACCCUCCUCCUCCUACCGAUGACUCCAAAGCUCUUGUCUUAGUUCAGAAGACUGAUGAAGAAGCUGUUGAAGAGAAACCACAAGAGGGCUCUAUCAACCGAGAUGCUGUGCUUGAAAGAGUUGCAACAGAAAAGAGGCUUUCACUAAUCAAAGCAUGGGAAGAAAGUGAAAAAUCAAAAGCAGAAAACAAGGCUCAUAGAAAGCUUUCAACCAUUUUAGCAUGGGAGAACAGUAAGAAAGCUGCUACAGAAGCUGAAUUGAGAAAGCUUGAGGAAAAACUGGAGAAGAAAAAGGGAGAAUAUGCAGAGAAAAUGAAAAACAAAAUAGCAGCUCUUCACAAGCAAGCCGAAGAAAAGAGGGCAAUGAUUGAGGCCAAGAAAGGGGAAGAUCUCCUCAAAGCAGAGGAGAUAGCUGCAAAACACAGGGCAACUGGAACAGCUCCAAAGAAACUCUUUGGUUUAUUCUAAUGCACAAUCCUCAAGCCUCAUCAACAAAAAUCAUGUGUUAUUACUAUUUUGCAAUUUCUUCAUGUGUGGUUUGGUUUCUUUUUAGUCUAUGUUAAUUUAUUCUGUGUGCAUAAUGAUAUAUAUUGGCUUGUGUAUAUAUCCAUUACUUUGGUAAUAAAAAUAAUUUAAUUCUUAUUCAA